UUUUUUAAUUUCUUUUACUUUUUUUUUUUCUUUAAUGAAUGAUAUUUUAACUUCUGCAAGAAGAUUGCCACAAAGGGUGAUCAUAAGAGUACUCAAGCGAAUGUUUACCUUACCUGCACCAGCUGCUAGACUUAUAUUGAACGAUAUCAUUAAACCUAAAAAGAUACAUAAGCAGUGGAUAUAUCGUGUACGACGACGAGAGAAUAAGGGAUGGUUUGGUUGUUGGAUAGGAGACAAUUUACAUAAGCUGGAUCCAGUCAGUUUAUUAAAGAGAGUUCAUGAAGCUAAUGUUAUUCUCUUUUAUGUUCAUGGAGGAUCAUUUCGAUUGGGUAACAGUACGAUGUAUAUGGAUACAAAUAUAUCUUGGUUAAAGAUGCUAAAAGAGAGGCAUGGAUUAUCAGCCAUGAUUAUGUCUGUGGAUUAUAGGCUGGCUCCUGAACAUAAAUUUCCAGGGCCAAUAGAGGAUGUUGUACGUGCAUAUGAAUAUCUUAUCAGCAAAAUAGAGGUUAAACCAGAGAAAAUCGUCAUUAUUGGUGACUCAGCAGGAGCAGCCUUGUUAUUAAACAUGCUAUUAAUCACACAUGAUCCUACCUCGUUUGAAAUGACCAAGCACCAUCAAGCAUUACCAAGACCAGCUGGCAUCGUCUUAUCUUCCCCUUUUGUUACAGAUAAGACAGGUUCAGAGUCAUGGAAAUCAAACCAAAAGUAUGAUUAUAUCACAGAAUAUGGGAUGAAGAUUAUCAAAAGAGAUUGUUUUGAAGACAUGCAAACGACAGAAUAUCCUAUUUUGGAUAUUACUGCAUUACAAACAGAGUUUUCGUCUUUUUUGUCAAGGAAGAUGUUAUGCUUUGUGGGUCAACUUGAAGUCUUUAGAGAUGAUACAUUGACAUUUGUAAACAGAUUACAACAGGAUGAUAUUGACUGUCAAGUAGUUAUGGAGCAAUGUGUGCAUGACUGGUUUUGUGUACGAGAAGUGGUCAAGAAUAAGAGUAUCUUGCGAAAUGCGGAUGAAAUCUUUGCUGACUAUUGCUUUCAAACCAUUCAAAGGCGCGCUGACAAUAAAAAAGACAUUAUGGACAACGAUAGUCAUACUAUUGCAAGUAUUUCCAGUAUUAGUUGUAUCGACAGUGACUACAGCAGCAUACUACAUCGAUAUGAAUCAUCUUCCUUUACAGAGGAUGAUGACGAUGAUGCACUAGUUUAUUCGAUCAUCAACUUUAGACUAAGUAAAACAAGUUUAAAUGAACAAGAUGACCGACCACCUUCCCAAUGUUCCUCAGAUAUUGUAUUUUUAUAAUAAAUCUCAUCACAAUAAACCGUGGCUUGUAUCAUUAUCAUCACAUGUAAAUAAUGUGCAGUUUCAACUUUGUAUACAACAAAGGCUAAACAGAGAAAAGUAGUAGGAAAGAAUGAUGUAGGAGGAGCUCAUAGUAAUAUUCUUUGGUGAAUUUACAGAUUGACCAUAGAAGAAAGAAAAAGAGUGCAAAGGAGCGCUGGGACUCUUAAUUAAAACGUUAUCAUGCUCUUUCUUCAGACAAUGCCUCUAGAUUACAUUCAAUUUUAAACAUGACAUACAGUGCCCCUCAUACACUGGUAUACCUUACUCAUAA